UCCCCUUCUGGACUCUGCCCGUGGUGGCUUUUUUGGCGAUUUGCCGGCGAUGGCGUGAUGCCGUUCUAAAUCCCUCCCCGAUUCUUUCCUAAACUACCUUGUUUCCUCGAUUCCUCCCAGAUCCUUCCCCUUUCUGUCCUCCCAGCUCUCAAAUCCCUAAUUUACGAUUCACAAAAGCCUGGAACCAAGAGGAAAAAAUAAAUACGUAAGUAAGUUCGUUCUCGCCGCUUACCCGCGCCGUCGGCGAUCUGCGGCCGCCUCUGAUUUUCUUACAUCUGCUUCGUCUUUCGCCCCUUCACCCUCCCCCUACCACCAGCUUUCUCUCCGCUUGAGACUCUUCGCCCACCUUCUCCCACUGCGGCGGUGUCACCAGCCUCUCCCUGCUCUCUCUGUUCAUGGGCUUACCAGCAAGAACGCAUUGUUUGGGCUCAACUCAAGACCACAGGACCCAGACCUUGUGCAAGCUCUUUCCUAGAUUGUUUGGAAAGAAGAAAAAGAGUGGCAGCUGCAGCCGGAUCCAGAAGAACUACUCAACAAAUCAAGAGGCACUAGUCCCCUGGUUGACAUGAAACUUAUUGGAUGGAAUUGCCAAGGACCGGGUAGAAAUCUCAACCGGUCAAGCAAAAUGGGCUACCUUGAUAGACUGAUGUACUCCACCAAGGCGCAGGUAAUUUUCAUUUCUGAAAUUAGAACCUCUAAAUACAAUUCUACCCAGCUGAACAAUCGCUUUAAUAUAGCCGGUAGUUUUGUUGUUCCUUCUGCUGGUUUUUCAGGGGGCCUUUGGCUCUUAUGGAAUGACGAAGUUCAAGUCACUGUCAAUUUUUCUAGUCACCACCUUAUUUUAGCUUCUGUUCUAAAUAUAGCUUCUAAUGUUCAUUUCGCGCUUGUCUGCGUGUAUGGGGACCCUCAUCACCGUCAAACUAGUAUCAUCUGGGACCAGAUUGCCACUUUUGUGUAUGAUAUUUUAGGCAAACCUGUAAUUUGUAUGGGUGACCUUAACAACAUCAUGUCAGACAUAGAUACCACUUCUUCCCAUGUGAACAAGUAUCGCAUGCGUACUUUCAAUUCAUAUGUUAAACAGUGUGGUCUAUUUGAUCUUGGUUAUAGUGGGCCGGCUUACACUUGGACAAACAAACGUUUUUCUUCCAAUCCCGUGUUUGAAAGAUUGGAUCGUUGUCUGGCCAAUGCUGAAUGGUGUGGUAUUUACCCGAACACUAAUGUGUUUAAUCUUCCUAUCAUGCUCAGCGAUCAUGCACCUAUUCUUAUAUCCACUGAAUCUCAAUUUCGCAAACCAAAGCUCAACUUUAAAUUUGAUAACUGGUGGACUAUGGAAGAUGAUUUCCAAAUGACGGCUAAAUCUGCUUGGAUUUCUUCGGCCAACAGGCCUUUCCAUGCUCGAACUACUUACCUUGCAGGUUCCCUCAAGAAAUGGUGUAAAAAGAAAAAACCACUAUCCCAGCAGCUGGACAAUAUUCAGGAGCAAAUUAAGAACAUUCAGAUGCAGCCCAUUCAGGCCUUUCUUGAGCACUACUCACCCACAAGAACUUGAAGGCUUCACAAAUUCCAUUCCAGACAAACAGGAAAUUUGGGAAAUCCUCAAAGUGAUGAGGAAAAGUGCAUCUCCAGGACCAGAUGGAUUUAAUGUGGCCUUCUACAUUUCAGCAUGGAAUUGGAUAGGUGAUGAUGUCACUGCUCUGGUCCGAAAUUUUUAUUAUACAGGUAUCCUUCCUCCUCAUAUAAAUGAUACUCAUAUUGCUCUUAUUCCCAAAAAGUUGGUGUGUCAUCUUCCUUCCGACUUUAGACCUAUUAGUCUGUGUAAUGUUAUUUAUAAAAUAAUUUCAAAAUCCUUAGCAAACCGUUUGAAAGAACAUCUCCCAGACUACAUUCAUCCUUCUCAACAAGCUUUUAUCGAAGGGAGGUGCAUAAGUAAUAAUAUCAUUGUUGCCCAGGAGAUUGCUCACUCUUUCUCUUUAUCAUCGUGGGAUAGUCAUGACUUCAUGGUUAAAAUUGACCUUGCUAAAGCGUUUGAUAGAAUUGAAUGGCAUUUCAUCACUUCGGCCUUAGUUCGUAAAGGGAUUCACGAUCACUUCAUAAAUCUAAUCCAUGCUUGCAUCUCUUCGCCAACAUUUUCUGUCAUUAUCAAUGGUCAGCCAUAUGCUUCUUUUAAAAGUACUAGAGGUAUUAGACAGGGAUGUCCCCUGUCUCCAUACCUUUUUGUUCUUGCAGUGAAUGAACUAGCUCUGGCUCUCCAGGAGGAGUUACAGGCUAACCGACUAUCAAGUAUAUCUCUAGGACCAAAUUGCCCCCCUAUUCAUUCAUUGAUGUUUGCCGAUGAUUUAUUGGUUUGUGGGAAAGCUAACAUGCAAGAAGCAGCAACUAUUUCUCAAGUUUUAAAUCAGUUUUGCAAUGCUUCUGGCCAGGUUCCGAACUGGAACAAAUCUGCCAUUUUGUUCAGUAAAAAUGUUAACAUGCAGGUCAAGAAAGACAUUACACAAAUUUUUCAGGUUGCAGAAAUGAACGAAAACACCAUUCAUCUUGGUCACCCUCUCAUACUACCAGCGAAGGACAGAUCUACUGCAUACAACUUUGUUUAUGACAAGUUCAAAUCCAAACUAAGUGCCUACAAAGCAAAUAGACUUUCACAUGCUGCCAGGCUUACCCUUAUCAAAUCUGUCUUUUCCUCCAUACCUGUCUAUUAUAUGUCUAAUAUUCUUUUCUCUAAGAAGUUUCUAGCAAAAAUCACUGCUAUCAUAAGAAACUUUUGGUGGACAGGUGUCAAAGAGGAACAAACCACUAAGAGCUUGUGCCUUAGGGCAUGGGCAGACAUUUGCAUUGAAAAAAACAUUGGUGGCCUAGGAGUCAGAAACUUACAGGCAUUAAAUCAGGGCCUUAUUCUCUCGGCGGCAUGGAGACUAGCGAAACAACCGCAAAGCCAUCUUGCAUUGAUUCUUAAGGCAAAGUAUCACCAUGAUACUACAAUGUGGAGAGCAAAUCCAAAUAGGCCCAAAUCUGCAUUUUGGACCGCCAUCUUGAAGGUACGACCUCUCUUAAACUCUGGUGCUUUUUAUCAAAUUUUUGAUGGUGGUAGUUCAAUAUGGAGCACUCCAUGGUUCUCCGAAUGGGAAUCAAUUUAUGACAAUCUCAUUAUUCAGACCCAGCCUUAUGUUUAUCCUGCUAUUGUUAGAGAUCUUUGGCUACCAAACCAAAAAUUUUGGAACGUCUCUCUCAUUCAAAAUCUUUUCACCCCUCAAACUGCUCAUGCAAUUCUUCAGACUCCCAUUAUUAAUUCGGAAGGUGUGGACACACUUUGUUGGAAACUAACUCCGACAGGGACUUACACCUCCAAAAGUGCGUACAAGCAUUGUUUCAAUAAUCUGGCACUACCCUUAAAUCAAAGACCGAAGGAGGUACCGCCACAUGUAAAACUUCUUCUUAAUCAGGUUUGGAAGGAGAAAAGCAUGGCUCCUAUAGUACAAACUUUUGCUUGGCGGCUUCUUCGCCGCGCUCUUCCGACGGGUAAGCGUGCUUGUAGGUACUCUAUACACAUUGAUGAAGAAUGCUCCAGGUGUAGCUUAAUUGAGGAUGAAAUGCACCUAUUCUUUCUUUGCCCCUUUGCAAAGGCGGCAUGGUUCAGCAACCCUUGGUUCAUACGUUCCGAAUAUUAUGCAGCUCAAUACAACUCAAUUCCUGCUAUGAUACAGGUGAUUUUAUCCUCAGGGCACCCAAAUGCCUCUAUUGCUAAUGUGUAUACUUUUCUAUGGUGUCUUUGGAAAGCCAGGAAUGAUUCGGUGUUUGGUAGAAAAAUCAAUAUACCUUCACAAGUCUACGCUGCUACUAGAGCCAUUCUUCAGGGGAACAGGUUGGAUGAUAAUUAUGUAGCUCCCUUGCUUCCUCAGGUGCCAGGUUGUCUAAUUUCUAAUCGGGAGGAACUUCAUGUCAUCCCUGGAUCGACCAUAGCUGAACCAUCAAGCAUCACAGGCACCAAGAUAUUCACGGAUGCAUCAUAUGUACAAGUUCAGGACCAAGAAAAUUGUCUUGUGUCGGCUGGGCUAGGAAUAUAUAUUCAGGUGGAGGGCGAUCAACUGUGCUCCCGGCUCUUCGUCUCGGCUAUCUCGCCACCGGUAUCAUCGGUGCUACAGGCUGAAGCUUUUGGCCUUCUACUCGCAGCGCAACUAGCAGAUUAUCUUCAACUCCAGGAGGUUACUUUCUUCACCGACAAUGCUACUCUUGCCAAAGCUGCAGCAAAUAAUAACAUGAUGGAUGCCCCUGGUCAUUGGGAAAUCAGGCCACAACUAGCUACUAUCUUCAAUAGCACCUCUUUCAACUCCGAGAGAAUAUAUCAUGUUUCCAGGAGUUUGAAUUUCAAGGCUGACCACCAUGCCAGGCUUGCUCUCAAGAUUCAGAAUAGACCUUUCUAUUUCAGAUGCUUGUCUAGCUCUCAGGCAAAUGCUACUUGCUCAUUCAGAGAUGUAUUGCCGAACCAAAGUGUUGCCAUGUGCACACUGCUCUCUGUAAAGUGUUGUUAACGUAAUAAAAACCUUGU